AUGAAUGACAGCCCUCCAACAUCUGAGAACAUCAUGUUUCAUCAAUUGACUACAGAUGCUCUUAAUAGUAGUUGCGACUAUACCUUGCCCACAUGUAACAAUAGCACAGGUGAAGCAGCAUUGCAGCUGCCUACCUUCUCCAUGGCAGCAAAAGUGAGGGUGAUAAUUACCUUCACUCUUUGCGCAGUGUCGGCCGUGUGCAACCUUGCCGUGUUGUGGGCUGCCAGCACUAACAACAAGCGCAAAUCCCAUGUAAGAAUUUUAAUCAUGAACCUAACCGUGGCCGACCUGCUGGUAACUUUCAUUGUGAUGCCUGUGGAUGCAGCUUGGAACAUUACAGUACAGUGGCUAGCAGGAGACCUGGUUUGCAGGUUGUUAAUGUUUCUAAAGCUCAUGGCUAUGUACUCCUGUGCGUUUGUGACUGUGGUCAUAAGCCUGGACAGGCAAUCGGCUAUUCUCAACCCUCUGGCCAUCAAUAUGGCUAAGAAGAAGAACAAAAUAAUGCUGAGUGUGGCCUGGGUGAUGAGUAUUGUUCUCUCUAUACCCCAGAUGUUCCUGUUUCAUAAUGUGACCAUCACUGUGCCUGCCAACUUCACUCAGUGCACCACUCGAGGGAGUUUUGUCAAGCAUUGGCAGGAGACGCUCUACAAUAUGUUCACCUUCAUUUGCUUAUUCCUCAUACCUCUGGCCAUCAUGAUCUUCUGCUACACAAGGAUAUUGGUGGAGAUCUCUCGAAGAAUGACCAUAGGAAAUAUAUCUUCAAAGGAAGUCCACUUACGCCGUUCCAACAGCAACAUCCCAAAGGCACGUAUGAGGACUUUGAAAAUGAGCAUAGUCAUUGUGACUUCUUUCAUUGUAUGCUGGACCCCUUACUACUUGCUGGGUCUGUGGUACUGGUUCCUUCCUGAUGAUUUAGAGGAGACUGUUUCUCACUCAUUGACUCAUUUGCUUUUUAUUUUUGGGCUUUUUAACGCCAUUCUGGAUCCUAUCACUUAUGGUCUGUUCACCAUCCAUUUCCGCAAAGGACUGAAGCGCUACUGUCGGAACGCAGUCGUAGUUACCGAGUCGGAGAACAACACCAUUAUGACUGGCUCGUUAAAAUGCUCAUUAUCCCCCUUUCGCCUAAGAAGACUGAACCAGUCUAGUUCAGGAGCUGACCGAAUGCAGAAUUUUGUGGGUGGGGAGGACAAGUAGCCAUCUGAAAGUAAAUACAAGGAGUAGUGGCAACCCUACCAGUCCAGCCCUAAAAGUGUGAUUUGAAUACUGAGAUAUGGAUGUGACAAGGCAGACCUUGUACUGGAUGUCAAGCUUCACACAAAAACAUCAGUUACAAUGCAUACCUGCCUGGUUUGCUCAACAGCAUGAGACAGAUUUGAAUUGAGCCCAACCAAGUGCAUCAAAUAUCUUUAUUCAUUAACUAAUGAGCUGUCUAAAUUAUUUUUGUAAUAAUUUGCUGUUUAUUAAAUAUUACAAUCAGAUGUUUUUUCUGCAGAUUAAUUAGACCAUCACUAUUUCUGCUUGUUGAAAACGUAAUUUACAUCAAAGUUUUUUCCAUCUCAUACAAAUCCAAGUAAUUAAUCUUCUCCACCUGCUAUUAAA